AUGGCUGCUCAAGGCUGGUCCAUGCUCCUGCUGGCUGUCCUUAACCUAGGCAUCUUCGUCCGUCCCUGUGACACUGAAGAGCUACGAUGUCUGUGUAUUCAGGAACACUCUGAAUUCAUUCCUCUCAAACUCAUUAAAAAUAUAAUGGUGAUAUUCGAGACCAUUUACUGCAACAGAAAGGAAGUGAUAGCAGUCCUGAAAAAUGGGAGUAUGAUUUGUUUGGAUCCUGAUGCUCCAUGGGUGAAGACUACUGUUGGCCCAAUCACUGACAGGUUCCUACCUGAGGGCCUCCAAAAAAGGGAAUUUCCACAGGCAAUGGAGUUUCUGUACAGUGUUGAGCAUAAAAAGCCUCUAUAUCUUUCAUUUGGGAGACUUGAGGACAAGAAUAGAUUUGCUUUUCCAAUUCGGGGGACCUCUGCCCACUUUCCUGAUUUAGCUUAUGACAACAGUGAUGGGAAUUGA